CCAUCACUCGCAGUCCAAGUUCAAACUCAAUCGCACUAACACUACCCCACAUCACAUGACCCCGUCUCCACCACGAUGCACAUCCCACCAUAUCCAACCCUCGUUCCCCGGUGUGUACGAUAACCAUGUCCACCCCACCAGCUCCCACCCCAUCAGCUCCCCGCACAAGCACAAGCACAAGCAGCAGCAGCAGCCCAUCGCUCCUCCCGAUCCCGCCCGUGCUCCGGCGCCUCUUCGAUGCCUUCCCGCUGCUCACGUACCCGCCAGCGGCACUACCCGCCCGCUCGCCGGAUCUGACCUCGUCGCCCCUACCGCGCCUCUACGUUUUUGCCGCCCCAGACUCCGAAGGACGAGACGCGCCAAGCUUCAAUCCGAGCUGUCUCAAGUGGCAGGCGUACCUAAAAUUUUGCGGUGUGGAAUACACCAACGUCCCCUCAAGCAACCACGCGUCGCCAUCCGGGCAGCUACCGUUCCUCCUCCCAGCCGCCAGUGCUGGAGGCUCUGCGGGCGCGGUGGGGAAGGCACUCCCCGCACGGCAGCUCCUCUCGUGGGCGGGGCCCCAGUCCGGCUGCGACCUGCAAGCGCCAGAGGUUGCCGCCGUGAUGGAGCUCGUAGACUCGAGGGUCAGGGAUGCGUGGCUCUACGCACUCCACCUCUCACCACUCCACUUCCCGCUCGCCCAGUCACUCUACUGCCAUACCGCCGUCCCCCUCGUUAACGCACUACUCUCUCGGCGCAUGCGUUCCUCUGCCGCCGCAGAGCUAGCGCGCACUCGUAGCGGCGUGCUGACGGCCGACGAGGUGUAUGCCGACGCCGACGCGGCGUGGGCGGCGCUCGAGGAGAUACUAGGCGGUGAUGAGUGGUUCUUCGGGGCGCAAGCGCCGGGGUUGGUCGAUGCCGCCGUGUUCGCGUAUACACAUCUUGUCCUGGGAGUCAGGUGGGAUGGGGCUGAGGCGGGGGUUGUCACGAGGCUUAGGGCGUGUAAGGCGUUGGUCGGGCAUGAGAAGAGGGUCAGAGCGGUGUGUGGGUGGUAGGAUGGAGAGCAGACACUAGAUGUACGAUAGCCAUGUAUAGAUACAAGUCCCCCGACGGAACAGAUGCCCAACCAACAUUUGCUUGGGGAAGUACGGGAGCGGGACGAUCGGGAAUGAAUCAUAGGCGUCACUCCGCGUGGAUAACUGG